AUGUCUCUUGUAAUGGCAGAGGAACAGACAGAAAAUGCAGCAGAUCACUUUCAGGGGCUGUCCUCUAACUUCCUGAAGUGGUUCAAGUCUAACCCAGGCACUCGUCUGAGCACGAAGAUCACUCUUGCAGACUUGAGGUCUCGUGGCGCUGGGCGCGGCGUUUUCACAAAUGCCGCCAUCUCCACCGGCGAGGAGCUGUUUGCGAUCCCACGAAACUUAGUCUUGCACACCACCAACUCGGAACUCUAUUCCAAAAUUCCGGACCUCUUUGCUGAGCUUGGACCAUGGGACUCUCUGAUCCUUGUCCUCAUCUACGAGUAUCUCCACCGUGACUCCUCUCCUUGGUUUCCGUACCUUCAGCUCCUCCCCACCACCUUCGACACCUUAAUGUUCUGGACGCCUGCCGAGCUCUUGGAACUUCAAGGAAGCGCCGUGGUGGAUAAAAUUGGAAAAGAGUCAGCGGAAGAGAAUUGGAACCAUACAAUAUUCCCAAUCAUGAUGGAAAACGAGGCACUCUUCCCUCUCUCCACCGAGAAUGCCACUGACAGACAACGGCAACUUCUACAAUUGGCGCAUAUGACAGGCUCCAUGAUUAUGGCAUAUGCAUUCGAUUUAGAUGCUGACAGCUACGGCAACAGUGACCAAAAUGCAGCAGAUGAAGGAGAUUCUGACCUGACAGAAGAUGAAGACAAUCCGACGAAAGGCAUGGUGGCGUUUGCUGAUAUGCUCAAUGCCGACGCACAUCGGAACAACGCACGUCUUUUUCAUGAGGAUGAUUUCCUGAUCAUGAAAGCCACUAAAGCUAUCGGGGCUGAGGAGGAGGUCUUCAAUGACUACGGACCCCUUCCGCGCUCAGACUUGCUACGAAUGUACGGCUAUGUCACCGACAACUACUCGACUUUCGACGUGGUGGAGAUCUCGGCAGACUUGAUUGAAAAUGUCGCAGCGAGCUCAGGUAUGGAUCGGUCGUAUUUGAUUCAGAAGCGCAGGGAUCUUGAAAGUCUUGGUCUGAUUGAUGACGCUUUUGUCAUUGUUAGACCCGAAUCCGGAUCGACGCUGGACGAAAUCAUCCCUGUGGAUUUGAGAAUGCUGAUCACAGCGUUCUGCCAGCCGGGCGAAAAUUUCCACCCUUCAAAGUUGAGCCAGAACGUCAAAGAGUCAAGCCUUGCGCUCUCAGAGGCAUGCUUGCUUUUUACUUCAAUCACGAACCGGCUGGGUGACUACAAAUCAUCGCUGCAAGAGGAUUUAGAUAUUUUGGAGAAGCUCAAGUCCAAGGACAACCAUCCAUUGCCUGAUGGAGUUUCACAUAAGAGAUACGAAAUGGCUGUACAGGUUCGCAAAGGGGAGAAAGAGAUAUUACAGCAAGUCAUGCAGCAACUCCGAGACUUUGUGGACGCACACACCCGGCAGAUCGCCGGAGACCCUGCAAAACGCAAAAGAAAUGAGAUCGAAACCACAGGCCUAAGCAAGAAGAGAUUGAUGCCAGAACAGUUCAAUUCAUUCUCUACAUCAGAAGCACACGACCAAUGA